AUGCCAGUUGAGCCAGGCUGUCUCACCGGCGCUUUCCCCGGUGAAUAUUUCAAUUCUUCAUCGCUGUCGUGGAUCUUUGGAGCCCAUUCUCCGGUCAUAGGAUUUUCACCUUCUUCGAGCGUGGAAUUUGUUCCCGUUUUUCCACCUGUGUACGCCUCUACGGUUCCGCCUCACGCUGGGAAAAACUGGAUCGAUAAAAGGCUGCCGAACUGCAAAAUAUACUUGAAUAAUGCGUUUGCGCUGGAUUCAGCGUGGAUACAUCCUGAGGAAUCCAGACUCUUCCAGGGAAACGAGAAGCCUCUCUUAAUGGCAAAUCAAGUCGCAAUGGCCAUAGCCAGGCCAGCUGCUGCCUCCAGGCCUCUUCCCACAGUGGUGUUGGCGCCUCAGCUGAUACCAGGUGGUUGCCAGAACAGCCUUAAGCCGGUCGGCGGCAAUCAGACCCUGGCGUUGGCCGCCGCGGCCACCACCGCCAUGGUGUCGAUGGAGCCUGAAGCCGCCCAGGGACCUCUGGCACCGAGUGUCCAGCCCUGUCACGUGCUGACCUUCUCUCCCAUCAAAAUUCCAGUCCUGGCUUCGCAUUUCCCAGGUUCUGCCUCCAGCAUGGACGCUCGUGUGGGUCCUCUGAUGCCAACGCAAGUCACCCGGGUAACCGCUGUGUCUGCACCGGCCAUGACGUUCAUGGCAACCAACCUGGUGGACCAGGCAUUAACAGAUAACGGCAAGGAGUCGAGCCGACCCUCCUGCCCGCAGACCCUGAUUUUGCACACGGAGAGGAAGAGCAGCCCUGCGGAGAGCGCCGGCGAUAAGGAUCACUCUUUCAAACUAGUCGGCGAGGAUGACAGCACGUCUAACGGCAACAAGCCCGUGGCAUCCACGCCAGUGCCGGGCUCUCCGUGGUGUGUAGUCUGGACUGGAGAUGACCGGGUCUUCUUCUUCAACCCUACAAUGCAGCUGUCAGUCUGGGAGAAGCCGGUGGACCUGAAGCACCGCGGUGACAUAAACCGGAUCAUCGAGGAUCCCCCUCACAAGCGCAAGCUGGAAGCUGCAGCAACAGAUAAAUGUGUUAGUUCUUGUCCAGGGGAUGAAAAUGAUGAUCUUAGCAUCAAAACUAAGAGAAAUAAAACAGAAGAUUCCCAAGCUGCUGAGCAGGGGAAGGCUGGAACGGAGGAGAAAAAGGAGGACUCGUCAGCGCCUCGGCUCACGCCUCCCCUGGAAGAGCGCAUCACUCAUUUCCGAGACAUGCUGCUGGAGAGGGGGGUUUCGGCAUUUUCUACGUGGGAAAAAGAGUUACACAAAAUAGUAUUUGAUCCACGCUAUCUUCUACUAAAUUCAGAAGAACGGAAGCAGAUAUUCGAACAGUUUGUCAAGACCAGGAUCAGAGAAGAGUACAAAGAAAAGAAAAACAAAUUGUUGUUAGCCAAAGAAGAAUUUAAAAAGCUCCUUGAAGAAUCCAAGUUAUCGCCCAGAACGACGUUCAAAGAAUUCGCAGAGAAAUAUGGCAGAGAUCAGCGGUUUCGCCUUGUCCAGAAGAAGAAGGACCAAGAGCAUUUUUUCAAUCAGUUCAUACUGAUUCUUAAAAAGAGGGACAAAGAAAACAGGAUAAGGCUACGGAAAAUGAGAUAA